ACGUCCGGCGGCGGGAGAGCGGCGCGGAGGAGGUGCGGAGCGCGUCGGCCUUGGGCGGCUCUCAGAGUGCGACGUCGCGAGAGGCUGCGGCGGGGCCUCCGUAGAGAAAGCAGGAGCCUGACAGCUUCCGUCCAGGCCAGCAGCGGUGACAGCCAUCCGGAGUCAUGAGCGACAGCGGCGAGCAGAACUACGGCGAACGGGAAUCCCGUUCUGCUUCCAGAAGUGGAAGUGCUCACGGAUCCGGGAAAUCUGCACGGCACACCCCUGCAAGGUCUCGCUCCAAGGAAGAUUCAAGACGUUCUAGGUCAAAGUCACGGUCCAGAUCUGAAUCUAGGUCUAGAUCCAGAAGAAGUUCUAGAAGGCAUUAUACAAGGUCACGAUCGCGAUCCCGCUCCCAUAGACGAUCUCGGAGCAGGUCUUACAGCCGAGAUUAUCGCAGGCGGCACAGCCACAGCCAUUCUCCCAUGUCCACUCGAAGGCGUCAUGUUGGGAAUCGGGCAAAUCCUGACCCCAACUGUUGUCUUGGGGUGUUCGGAUUGAGCUUGUACACCACAGAAAGAGACCUGAGAGAAGUGUUCUCUAAAUACGGCCCCAUUGCUGAUGUGUCUAUUGUGUAUGACCAGCAGUCUAGACGCUCAAGAGGAUUUGCCUUUGUAUAUUUUGAAAAUGUAGAUGAUGCCAAGGAAGCUAAAGAACGUGCCAAUGGAAUGGAGCUUGAUGGACGUCGAAUUAGGGUCGAUUUCUCUAUCACAAAAAGGCCCCAUACCCCAACACCAGGAAUUUACAUGGGGAGACCUACUUAUGGCAGCUCACGCCGCCGCGAUUAUUAUGACAGAGGAUAUGAUCGGGGUUAUGAUGACCGGGACUAUUACAGCAGGUCAUACAGAGGAGGUGGUGGAGGAGGCGGCGGAUGGAGAGCUGCUCAAGACAGGGAUCAAAUUUACAGAAGGCGGUCACCUUCUCCUUACUACAGCCGUGGAGGAUACAGGUCACGUUCCAGAUCGCGAUCAUACUCACCUCGUCGCUAUUAAAGCAUGAAGUUGAAGACUUUCUGAAACCUGCCAUAGAGCUGGGAUAUUGUUUGUGGACAAUAUUUUCUAUUGUCUCCUGUUUAAAAAGUGAACAGUGCCUAGUGAAGUUAGGUGACUUUUACACCUUUUAUGAUGACUACUUUUGGUGGAGUUGAAAUGCUGUUUUCAUUCUGCAUUUGUGUAGUUCGGUGCUUUGUUCAAAGUUAAGUGUUUUCAGAAAAGUAUGUUUUGCAUGUAUUUUUUUACAGUCCAAAUUUUGACUGCUGAGAAGUUUCUAUUGUACAAAACUUCAUUUAAAAGGUUUUUCUACUGAAUCCAGGGUAUUCUGAAGAUCGAAGCCUGUGUGUAAAAUGCUACCAAAUGGCAAAAAGCAACAAUAAACAAGUUUGAUUUUUACUUUUCUUUCUAAAUAUCAAUGCUUAACCAUUCUUAAGUUUCCAGUAAAAUAUUUUAAAAUAAAGAUACUCGUUUUCUUUCGGGAGUCCAUGAAACUUGCCAUAUUCAAUAUACUUGCAAUUAAGUGUUAAAAAUACGCUGUAACUCUGUGCUGCUAGUAUUAGAACAAAAAUCUUUCCAUACAGCAAAUGCUUAAUGCUUACAUUAAUGUGGAUUUGUCAGCCUUUAUGUAAUCUGUAUUAUAUAGAGCAGGGAAUAAGAGCUUCAGAUACAUGUCUUUAAAAGGCUGUUUGUUACAAAAGAGAUAGUGGUAUUUCAACUAAUUAUCAACAAGUGACGACAAUACAUUCCACCACAAAUGUACUUUUGUUCUUCUAGCUUAGAUAUAUGAAAAUACUGGGUGCUUCAAAGUUUGGAAUGAGAGAAGGGAUCACCACACCUGUGUCAUGGAUGAACUGAUGGAGACUGCCUGUUCAUUUUUUAAAUAUUAUUUUCAGGUCCUUUGCUUACCAGAGGAGGCCCAAUUCACUCAAAUGUUUUGAGAACUGUUUAAAUAAAGGCAAAGAGAAAAAUU